UCCUAAGGAUAAUACAUGAAAUUACAUACCACGCACACGAAAUUUUGAGAGUGAAGAUAAUGCGUCAUAUCCUCAGGUUUAUGCAUCAUAUUAUCCUGAAUAUAACAGGAUACUUUAUCUUAAGAAUAAUACAUUGAAUUACAUACCACGCACACGAAAUUUUAAGAGUCCUGAAGACAAGCCGUUAUAUUAUCCUUAUUCGCCAAAUACUGACCAUACGGAAAGAUUGGAUAUAGAUGGCUCCAUUUGCACGCUCAUGUCGUUUGAUAGAUCUGUAACGAAUUGUGAGCACACCACACUUGAGCGUGAAGUAACGUACAGUUCUGAUCGUUCUGAUGUAGAUCGUUUACCAAAACAAGUGGUACAAUUUUUGAUUAUGACUAAGAAAAAUGCUGAGAUUUUGCUCGAGAAGUCAAAUAAUAUAUGUCACGAUCUGACAGUCGAUUAUAUAUUGCUCGACUUGUUAGAUGAUUUAAGAGAAUUUCAGCCACAGGUAAAUGUGUGUGCUUACGGGUCUAUGAUCUCAGAUCUAGGACUCCCCAAGAGCAAUGGUGAUAUUUCUCUUGAUUGUGAUAAUAUGUAUGAAGGAAGAAAUUCAACGCGUCGUCAUUGUCAGACUCUGAUUGAAACGAUUGUAAAAUAUCUAUCCUUUAAUAAACGAUCGUGGAAAGUGCACAAAGUGAUAUUACAUAGUAGAAUACCAGUUGUAAAAAUACAGCAUGUUGUUUCUGGACUUGCUUGUGACAUUUCAGUUACAAAUGGGCUAGCAGUGGAAACUACAAAAAUAAUUAAGUGCUUUAAUAGUGCUUUUCCAUUGUGCCGAGAAAUGAUUUUAUUUCUUAAACGAUGGUUGCACUUCUGCGCCUUAUUAGGAUCGCGUCUUGUAACAAGCUACGCCAUAACGUGAUGCGUUAUCUUUUAUCUGCAAAUUCUAAAAGUAUUUCCCAGCAUAUCAGAACUGAUUAAAAAAGAAAAUAAAUCACGGCGAAUUAGUGGAUGGGAAAUUGGUAUAAGCUGUGAUUUUUCUAUUAGGAAAAUAGAUCACACUUUUGAAGAACUUUUAUUAGAAUUUUUUAUAUUCUAUGCAGAUUUUAAUUUUAAAAAUCACGUGGUUUGUCCAUUAUUGGGCCAAACAAUAGAAAAAAAUGCAUUUAGGAAUCUAUCAAAUUUACCGCAAGAUAUGAUUUCGUAUAUUAAUUAUAUGCACAACGCUUCUACAGAAGACAAGCCUCGAGCUUUUUACAUAUCGUCGUUAUGCGUGCAAGAUCCAUUUGAUUUGUCAAAUAAUGUUACAAAGGCAGUGUCUUAUUAUAAGCUAAAAAUGUUUCAGACUUAUUGCAAUUAUAGUGCAAAAAUACUAAAAAAGACUACCCCACAUCUGAAGCCACCGUCAUAAUCUUAUCUUAAUUACUAUACAUACACGCAGGAAAAUAUUUUAAGUAUUAACAAACUAAAGAAAUCAUUCUAACUAUACAUAUACCUAUAAAAAAACCUAUUUUAUAAAUUAAAAUUAACUUACCACAAUCAAGAGAAAUAUCAACAUUGCUCUUGGGGAGUCCUAGAUCUGAGAUCAUAGACCCGUAAGCACACACAUUUACCUGUGGCUGAAAUUCUCUUAAAUCAUCUAACAAGUCGAGCAAUAUAUAAUCGACUGUCAGAUCGUGACAUAUGUUAUUUGAUUUCUCAAUCAAAAUUUCAGAAUUUUUUUUGGUCAUAAUUAAGAAUUGUACCACUUGUUUUGGUAAACGAUCUACAUCAGAACGAUCAGAACUGUAUGUUACUUCACGCUCAAGUGUGAUGUGCUCACAAUUCGUUACAGAUCUAUCAAACGACAUGAGCGUGCAAAUGGAGCCAUCUAUAUCCAAUCUUUCCGUAUGGUCAGUAUUUGGCGAAUAAGGAUAAUAUAACGGCUUGUCUUCAGGACUCGUUAAAAUUUCGUGUGCGUGGUAUGUAAUUCAUUGUAUUAUUCUUAAGAUAAAGUAUCCUGUUAUAUUCAGGAUAAUAUGAUGCAUAAACCUGAGGAUAUGACGCAUUAUCUUCACUCUCAAAAUUUCGUGUGCAUGGUAUGUAAUUCCAUGUAUUAUUCUUAGGAUAAAGUAUCCUCAUAUAUUCAGGACAAUAUGAUGCAUUAUCUCCAGGAUAACAUACCCCCUUACAUCCAGGACAAUAUGAUGCAUUCUCUUCAGGAUGAUAUGACGCAUUAUCUAUCGGAUAACAUGCCCCCUUACAUUCAGGACAAUAUGAUGCAUUAUCUUCAGAAUAAUAUGAUGUAUUAUCCUCAGGAUAGUAUCCUGCAUUAUCUUUAGGAUAACAUCGCUUACAAUCUACAUUUCUAGAUAUUGUAUGUUCCACACAAAUCUCCCGCGAUUCAAGAUAACUAAUUUAAAAAAAAAAUGUAUAGUAAUUAAGAUUAUGACGGUGGCUUCAGAUGCGUGGGGUAGUCUUUUUUAACAUUUUUGCACUAUAAUUACAAUAAAUCUAAAACAUUUUUAGCUUAUAAUCAGACACCGCUUUUAUAAGAUUAUUUGACAAAUCGAAUGGUCGAAUGGAUUUGACGAAUCGUAAUUAUGUCUUCCAUUAAUCAUACGUAUAUUUUAUACAUCUAAUAUUUUUAUUUUGUUUUUUAUUUUUACCAUCUUUU